UUUUAUGCAUAAAAACCCCCCACGGUUUGGGCUGAUCGCGGCAUUCAACUUCAACCAACCAAAAGGAUGAGUCUCAGUGCUAAGGACAAGGGCGCAGUCAAGGCCUUCUGGGCUAAAGUGUCUGGAAAGGCGGAGGACAUCGGCUCUGAUGCUCUUUCCAGGAUGCUGGUGGUGUACCCGCAGACCAAGACCUACUUCUCCCACUGGAAGGACUUGAGCCCCGGCUCUGCCCCGGUGAAGAAGCACGGACAGACUGUGAUGUCUGGAGUUGCAGAUGCUGUGUCCAAAAUCGACGACCUGACUGCGGGUCUUCUGAACCUCAGUGAGCUGCAUGCCUUCACUCUGCGAGUGGACCCUGCUAACUUCAAGAUUCUCUCUCACAACAUCCUCGUGGUCAUGGCCAUCAUGUUCCCCAACGACUUCACCCCUGAGGUCCAUGUGGCUAUGGAUAAGUUCCUGGCUGCACUGGCUCGUGCCUUGUCUGAGAAAUACCGAUAAACUGCAAACAGAAGCAGGAGCAAAUGACGGACGGCAGCAUGGGCCUGGAUAUUCUCUGUCAGUCUGAAUAUCAAUAAAAGAUCAAAUGCAAUGCAA